AUGCAUCAUUUGUAUCCGCUGGCCAAGGGCGACCCUAUGUGCCCGCUGGGGUUCCACCCGCAGGUACGGUGGCCGACACGCUGUAAGCGCUGUUUCCGCGACUACAAGGAGCAUGGUGGCGGGCGUAAACGGGAAGAAGACUUUGCCGCUUCGACACCCAGCCUCUCUACUUGGAGUUCGCCAGCCUCACGGAGCCGCGAGGAAGAUGGUGCGGGUGGUGAUGAUAAGGCGAAUCGCGGCUGGGCUUCCAUUACAAACCUUAGUUCAAUUGAAACGCCUAAGAAAGACACAUCCUCUUCAGGGUUGAACAAAACCAAUUCAUCAUGGACGUCGACGCCGGACCUGGCAAACGAUGACUGCACAACUGCGGUCACCGUGAGCCUUAAAUUACCCAAACGACGGUCCACGGGUCCACUACCCUCCUUGGAUACUGGUCAGAAUAUUACAGACACUGUGUCAAUACGUCGACCAUCGCCGUCCCCGCCGCCGCCAGCCAUCGCCACGAUUACAAUCAACAAGAAUGACUCACUAGCAGAACGUUUUCGAAAGAUGCAACUAAUAAAAAGUCAGAAUAGUUUUGAAAAGGAGUCUAGUAUAGAAAAGGAAAGAGAAAAGAGAAGUACUUCUAGAAGUAAAGAAGAAGGAGAAAAACCAGUUAAACUAAAAGAUGAACGAUCGUCUACCAAAGACGAUGUAAAUUUUUUAAUCCAGGUAAAAAAUUCUCGUAAUCUAUCCGCUACCGCAAAGCCUCCUAUAAAAGGGGGACCGUCACGAGAUAAAGAUGAAACAUCUGACGAUGAUGCAAGCACUGCAGGCACAGUAACAACGGAUACCACGCUCGUUGAUGCUAAUAUUAAAGAAUAUCAGGACCAAAUAGAGAGUCUAAAACAAGAAGUGGAUACGCUUAAAAAGAGAUGCGAACGAGUGGAAAAAGAAAAAAGUGAUAUUCUGCUUCGAAGGCUGGCAAAUAUUGACACGGCAAAUAAAUACACUACGGGACGAUCUUCUGAAGUUUUGAAGUUACAACAAAAAGUUAACGAGCUUACAACACAAAAUGAAGACUUAAGAGACGAGAAGAAACAUCUAACACUUAGAGUAAAAGAGAUGGAAGCAGAACUUGAGUCACGGCCAUCAGUGGAAGCUCAAGCAAAACAAAUCGAGCAGUUAAGAGCAAAGCUCUUGGCGGCGGAAACAUUAUGCGAAGAGCUCAUGGAUGAAAAUGAGGAUAUGAAAAAGGAGUUGAGAGAUCUUGAAGAGGAAAUAGAAGAAAUGCAAGAUAAUUUUAGAGAGGAUCAAGCAGAUGAAUAUUCUUCCUUGAGAAGAGAAUUAGAACAAACAAUAAAGAAUUGUAGAGUUUUAUCUUUUAAAUUAAAGAAGACUGAAAGAAAAGCUGAACAGCUUGAAAUUGAAAAGGCUGAACAAGAAAAGAAACUGCUGGAGUUAGUUGGUGGUCAAGAAGGUAUGCAGCGCGAAAACCGAAUUAAGGAAUUGGAACAGGAAGUGGCUCGCUCAACAGAGGUGUCGCUGCGAUUACAACGUGACCUGGCGGAAGCCAAUGCAAAACUUGCGGCCGUAUCUGGUGCUCCUCCAGCUAAUUUAAAGAAACACACACCACCCGUUGACGGUCAAAAGGUUUCACGGUCGUCAUUAACUCGAGGUGGUAGCCAGGAGGACCCAGCUCAGUUACUUCGAGAUCUGCAAGACUCAUUGGAGCGCGAGGCUGAUUUGCGAGAACAAUUGCGCAACGCUGAAGAAGAGGCCAGCCGAUAUCGGCAUCGCUUCGGAAGCAGAAGAAUGCCAACUUCACCAAAACUUUCAUCAUCAAUGCCUCUAAAAUUAACUCCAGAAAGCUCCAUUAAUGUGCAUGAGGAUAGAUCUAGACAACAAAUAAUUAAAACACAGAUGGCUCUUGAAAAAAGCUUAUCUUCUUUAGAUAUUAGCAAACUGACCAUAGGUGUAAAUGAGAUUGUGCAAUCUCCACAAGAUCUUAUUCAGUUCUACUCUCAGGGCUGCCAAACUAAUCACAUAUUAUUAUUAGAUGUUGCUACGGAAAUGCAGAAGAUCACUUUAGAUUCGAAUAUACAAUGUAAUAUAAGCGUUUUGGAAAUGUAUUCCCAAACUGAAAUCCCAUAUACGAAAAACAAAAAUUUACAAACCGAUAAUUUGCAAAAAAGUUGCCUUAUUCAAACCGAUAAGACAAAAGAAAGAAGUAAUGCUACGCAGACUAUCAAUCAAGUAAAAAACGACAUUUUCACGCAAACCUCACAAAAAUUAAUAAAAUUUGAGCAUUCUAGUACUGAUACGAAAAACUUAUUUGUGUGCGAUAAAAGUACUCUAACUCAAGCGUCCAAAUCAAAUGUAGAGCUUUUAGAAAACACUGAGAGUGACAAAAUCUCUAUUGAAAAUGCAAAUAACUUGCGUAAAACUGCAUCAAGGGUUGAGGACGACAAUGAGUCCUUACUUCUACAGCUGAAGAAAAUGGCUACCAAAGCCAGAAGUCGUAAACUUUCACCAACGCCUCCGAAUAACAGACUUGCCAUUGAAGCGCCUAACGAAAAAGAUGAAGGAAUAUCAGACGAAGAAGACCCUGCGGAAUUACGACUCUUGCUUGAACUUAAUGAACAGGAAUCAGCAGUCUUGCGGCGUAAAGUUGAGGAGUUAGAACAGGAUAGAGAUUCGUUAAAGAAACAAGUUAAGGAGCUAACGGAUAAAAUUUCAAAUACUAAUACUAAGCAAAAUACUACUUCAAGCACAGGUUUUCGACGAAAUACUGGGAAAACUAACAAUUUAGCCGAAGAAAAAGUUAAAGUUUUAGAAGAUGAGAUAGCGGAACUCAGAAAAAAAUUAAUCGAAAAAGAAAGAGACUGUGAAAGGCUACACGCAGAACUAAGUCAAGCCCAAAAAAAACCAAAAGCAUCACUUAUAAAAAGCAAGUCACUUGAUGCAGCAAGUGAUUUACAAAAUGUGGAUUUAAGAAGACAACUACAAGUAAUAGAACAGGAAGCAAAUGUUUUAAGAGCUAAAACGCAAAGCCUGGAAGUAGAUAAUGAAAAACUACAAGCAGAAAAUAAAAGAUUACAGCUCUUGAAAAACGCUAAAAAUUUAAAGUCUGAUAAAAACUUAGAACAAUCUUCUAUUAAGGCAAGCCAGUUAGAAAAUGAAUUAAAGGAAGCGUUGGCAAAAAUCAAGGAUUUAGAAAGUACAAAAGACAAAGACGACAAAUUUGAAAAGAAAGUAAGAUUUGGGAGCGAUGUGAACAAAAAAGAGACUGAAAGCUUAAAACUAAAACAAGAAGAACUAGAUAAAUUAAAACUCAACUAUAGUAAGUUAGAAAAAGAAAAGACGAAACUUCAAAUUACUCUAAAAGAAUUAAAAGAAGAUGCGAGUAAAAUGUUCAAACCAAGGAAUCCAAAAAAGCCAACGGAGCAAACUACUAAACUGCAAAUGAAAAAAAUGGUGGAAGAGUUAGAAAGCGAAAUUGGAGAAAUGUAUGUUAUAAUGAAGAAUGCUGGCCUCUCAGCUGUAGAUAUUAAUGCCAAAAUACAAAUUGAAAAGGAUAUAGAAGAACUAAAAUCAAAAUUAUCAAGAAAUGAAAAUGAAUUCAAAAAUGAAAAAAAUCGUUUACAAACAGAAAUCGCAAAGUUAAAGGAUAUAAAUUCAAAAUUAGAAGCGGACAAAACUUCAUAUCUGGAAAAAUGUAAGAAAUUAGAAGUUGAAAUCAAUACAGGUAUAUCAGAAUCCAAAAUGCUAAAAGAAGAAAAGAAAAAUUUAGAAACUAAAAUAUCUAAGCUAAAUGCGGAUCUCGAAAAGAGUUCAACGCAACUAACUGCAAUGUCUGACUGUAAGAAAAAAAUAGAAGAACUAAAGAAAGACAUGGACGAUAAAGAUAAGGAAAUUGAAAAGUUAAAAAAGCAAGUAGAAAACGUAAAUAAAUUGGAAAAUGAUAAAAAUAAAUUAUUGAAAGAGGUCGGUGAUAAAACAAAAAAGAUUACUGAUUUAGAAAAGAAACUCAAAGAUACAGAAGAAAAGUGCAAACGAAAUGAAAAGUUGCUGUCUGUCCAAAAAGAUCGUGUUGCAAAAUUACAAAAAGAGGAAGAAGCUUUAAGAGAAACAUCUAAUAAAAAAUAUGACGAUGCAGUUUUCUCUGCAGAAUUGUCACAAAUGAGGGAAAAAUAUGAAACAAUAAAUAAAGAACUUCAAGAGAAAGAAGAAGAUUUAGUAAGGGCUAAUCAGAAGAUAAGUGAUAUGGAAAAGGAAAUUUCUAAUUUACAUACAGAGACAAUACGACUUAAGUCAGAGAUAUCUAAAUUUGAAAGUGACCGUAAAGAAUUUGAAAAUAAACUUCAAACAGAAAAGAAGGAAUCUAAUUAUUGGGAAAAGAAAACAUCUGAACUCGAAAAUGAUUUACAGGCCGAGCGGAAAAAAAUUGAUCGAAUAAGAACUAAUCAUGAUAAAGAUAUUAAAAACAAAGAAGCGGAAUUGGCAACUCUUAAAGGCAAAUUGAAAGUAUUAGAACAAACUUCUGGAGCCGGAGCUAAAAGAAUAGCUGAUCUCAAGCAAGAACACGAGGAAAGCGUUAAAAAAUUGGAACAUUCAUUGGCUGUGGAGAAGGCGGAGUACGAAGAGUUGACUAGUAAAUAUGAAUUACUGGAAGAAGAACACGUUGUAACUAAAGCUAGACUCACGGUGGAAAAGGAACAAGCACAAGGUGAACUACUGCACGUAAGAAAAGAGUUAAAUACAACACUGGCUGAACUGAAGUCAUUACAAGAAAAAUUGGAUUCACAAUCUUCGAUUUGGAGUAAAGAAAAAUCGGAAUUACAGAAUGAAAUAUCAUCGCUGCAAGAACGAUUGUGUGGUGGUGGAUGGGAAGUGGAACGGGCGCGGCUGAACGCCCGUCUGGAACAGCGCGAGCGCGAGCUCCGAGAUGCACAUGACCAGCAUGAUGUGCUCUCGCAUCAUCACGACCUCACAAAGAAAGAGUUGGAGGAAGCACGUAAGAAACUUGAAGAUUACGAAAAAGUGAGCAAAGUACAUAGGAACUUGUCGGCAGACAACGUAGAAUUAGAACGUGAAUUGGCGGCAAUGAAUACUAGACUCGAGCAGGCAGACAAAGCGAGGAAAUCAGAACUCGCAGAUACUAAAAUGAGAUACGAGGGACAAUUGAAUACAAUGCGUGAGGAACUGAAGUCAUUACACAAUCAGGUAUCUCGGUUCAGAAGAGAACGCGAUAACUACAAACAAAUGUUAGAAGCGGCUCAAAAAACAAUGGAAGAAUUAAAAACAAGUGAUAAAAGAACGCAAAGGGCGUCUAUAUCAAGUACCGACGAGGAAGAGUACAAAAAUAAAGUAGCUGUUUUAGAACAACAAAUGGCUUGUCUUGAAGAUGAACUAUGCGAGGCCCGAUUGCUAUCAUCAAAGCUCAACACCGAACUUGUUAGUGAGCGAUCACAAGCAGAGGUUCGUCUAGCAGAAAUGCAAUCCAGGCUCAACGAAUACGAGGAAGAAAGGCUAAUGUCGUCAGGAAGGGCGCGCGUAGCUGGGUUGGCGACGAGGAUGGAGCUGGCGUGGCACAAGGAGCGCGACGAACAGCAACGUCUGCUGCAAGAGACUUCUACGCUCGCCCGCGAUUUGCGGCCAGACACUGUUCGAGGUUGA